AUGUCUAAACUAGCAGUAGAUGUGUCACAAAACGGUAACAACAAGAACGCCGAUUCGUCUAACAGCAUGGAUGAGUUAGAAGAAUACAGUUUCUCAAGAUUACCAAAUCGGCCCAGAAAUCUGAACCUUGGGAAACAGAAAUCAUGCGAUGAAAGAUCUUUCGCGGAUUUGCCACUGGGACUGUCUCCUCAAUCUCAUCCUCCUUCCAAGGCUGAUUCCUUCUGUCGAUCCUUUGACCAUUUUGACAGUGUGUAUUCACCCAGCAAGAGAUCCGGUUUAAAUACCCCGAGUUCACAGUUUGGAUACAUGCAGCAGAUAAAUGAGACUCACCCCAUGGUGCCUGAGGCUUGGGAUAGUGUAAAGAGGUCGUUAGUUUACUUCCGUGGCCAACCGGUUGGGACUAUAGCUGCUCUGGAUAACUCGGAUGAAAAACUCAACUAUGAUCAGGUGUUUGUGAGGGAUUUUGUUCCUAGUGCAUUGGCUUUCCUAAUGAAGGGUGAACCCGAAGUUGUGAAGAAUUUUCUCUUAAAAACCCUUCGCCUUCAGUCGUGGGAGAAGAAAGUCGAUAGGUUCCAAUUAGGUGAAGGUGUUAUGCCAGCCAGUUUCAAGGUGCUGCAUGACCCAGUAAGAAAUACUGAGACAUUGUUGGCCGAUUUUGGCGAGAGUGCAAUAGGUCGAGUGGCACCAGUCGAUUCCGGAUUCUGGUGGAUUAUUUUACUAAGGGCGUAUACAAAGUCAACCGGGGACACCUCUUUAGCCGAGAUGCCUGAAUGCCAAAAGGGCAUGAGGCUGAUACUCAGUUUAUGCCUCUCGGAAGGGUUUGACACAUUCCCGACGCUUCUUUGUGCUGAUGGGUGCUGUAUGAUUGAUCGUAGGAUGGGAGUGUAUGGUUAUCCAAUCGAGAUACAAGCACUAUUCUUCAUGGCUUUAAGAUGUGCAAUGCUCCUGCUAAAACACGAUGCCCCGGGCAAGCAGCUCAUUGAAGGUAUAGUCAAACGCCUACACGCCUUGAGCUACCACAUGCGGAGCUACUUCUGGCUUGACUUCAAGCAGCUCAACGGCAUCUACCGCUACAAGACAGAGGAAUAUUCCCACACCGCCGUCAACAAGUUCAACGUCAUGCCUGACUCCCUCCCAGAGUGGAUCUUCGACUUCAUGCCCUUGCAUGGGGGCUACUUCAUCGGGAAUGUGGGCCCCUCAAAGAUGGACUUCCGUUGGUUCUGCCUGGGGAACUGUGUCGCGAUCCUCUCGUCCCUGGCAACGCACGAGCAGUCAAUGGCGAUCAUGGACCUGAUAGAGUCGAGGUGGGAGGAGCUGGUGGGGGAUAUGCCGCUCAAGGUCUGUUAUCCAGCCAUUGAGAAUCAUGAGUGGCGGAUCGUGACUGGCUGUGACCCCAAGAACACGAGGUGGAGCUAUCAUAAUGGUGGUUCUUGGCCAGUACUUUUAUGGCUCCUGACAGCUGCAUGCAUCAAGACCGGGCGACCCCAGAUCGCGAGACGUGCGAUCGAACUUGCUGAGACACGUCUGUCGAAAGACGGUUGGCCCGAAUAUUACGAUGGAAAGCUCGGCCGGUUUAUCGGGAAGCAGGCUCGGAAAAACCAGACCUGGUCGAUUGCGGGCUAUCUGGUGGCUAAGAUGUUGAUCGAGGACCCUUCUCACUUGGGCAUGAUUGCCAUCGAGGAGGAUAAGCAACUGAAGCCCGUUUUGAAGCGUUCGGCUUCGUGGUCUUUUUAA